GAUGUGCCAUACAAUAAAAUGGCUUGAUUUUAAAGACAUGGGGUGAGUAAAAGGAAAUGCAGCUUCUUGAAUAUAGGACAUUUUUUAAUAUUCGGACACUAAGUUGCGGCGAACCUUUCAACAUUUCAACUUUUUAUUUCAACAAAACGGAUUGUUUUAUUGGAUGUAUCCUUGAACCAACGCAUCUGUUAAAGAUCAAGAAUUUCUGAAGGCCGGAGGAGAAUAAUACUAAUGGAUACUGCUAGUCAGUUAAACGCAACUCCAAUGGAGGACUGGGCAAAUUCUUCUAGACUUGCAGCCGAGUACACCAACUGCUGCUCAACAAUCGAAAUGUAUAACAACAUCCCUUUUCCAGACCUGGAGGACAGCACCAAGCUGCUCGGAGUGCAAGCGAUCCUCAUUCUGGCUUACAGCACCAUCAUACUGUUCGGAGUCAUUGGUAACUCUCUCGUGAUCUACGUGGUGUACAAGUUCAAAGCCCUGCGGACUGUCACCAAUUUCUUCAUUGUGAACCUGGCUGUGGCAGACCUCCUCGUUAAUACUCUGUGUCUGCCGUUCACGCUGAUCAACACGCUCCACGGAGAGUGGAGGUUUGGCCAGGUGCUGUGUUUCAUGCUGCCGUUCUCCCAAGGCCUGGCCGUGCAUGUCUCCACCAUCACGCUGAACAUCAUCGCCCUGGACCGUCACCGGAGCAUCGUCUACCACCUGGAGACCAAGCUAUCCAAGGACAUGUGCACCGCCGUCAUUGUCCUCACGUGGGCCAUAAGCGCCGUCCUGGCCAGCCCGCUCGCCAUCUUCCGGGAGUUCGGGACCUUCGACCUUUCGCCUGAGCAGUCCAUUCAGGUUUGUACAGAAAAGUGGCCUGGGAGUGGCAUGGACGGGACCAUCUACAGCAUCUCCAUGCUCCUGCUCCAGUACGGCCUGCCGCUGGCCAUCAACUCCUUUGCCUACAUCCGCAUUUGGAGUAAGUUGAAGAACCAUGCGAGUCCGGCGGGCAGGAACGACCGCCACCAGCGCAAGAGGAAGACCACGAAGAUGCUGGUUAUGGUGGUGGUGGUGUUCGCAGUGAGCUGGCUGCCCCUCGACGCCUUCCAGCUGGCCAUUGACAUCGACAACAGCGUCCUGGACAUGAAAGACUUCAAACUGCUCUUCACCAUGUUUCACAUCGUGGCCAUGUGCUCAACAUUCGUCAACCCCAUCCUCUACGGGUGGAUGAACAACAACUACCGGACCGCGUUUCUGUCUGUGUGUAAGUGUGGGCCAAAGGUCCACUCUCAACCAAGGGGCUUUAUGAACAGAAAGACGCUGAGGGAAAAAGACGUGAGUGAUACAGAUUUAAAAUCAACUAAAUUCUGAAUUCAUAUACAUGAAUUUACAUGGACUGUAAAUGAACAAAUAAUAUCAACUCAAGUGUUAAAUGGGCAAAAGUAUCUGACAUUGUUAGGCGGCAAGUUGUUAAUGAGGAUUAUGUAAUUCCUUUGUUUAUUAACGUGAAAAAUGUAUGUCCACUUGUGUUUGCAAUGCUUUUGGUGUGAAUCUAU